AUUUUUCUUGUCAGUCUGUAAGAAACAUCUGGUGUCCUCAUCUACCGGCGCAUUCUUCUGUAACUUUGUUCGCGAUGGCUGGCAUCUUCGAGGGCCCGCGCAGCGGUGGGACAUUGUUUCUUGGUGGUCAAAAAAUCAGUGGCCAGGACAUUCGCGACCAAAAUGUCCUCGCAACGCAGGCAAUUGCAAAUGUUGUCAAAUCCUCGUUUGGCCCUUCCGGCUUGGACAAAAUGAUGGUGGACGACAUCGGAGACGUCACAGUCACCAAUGAUGGCGCAACAAUUCUCAGUCUGCUCGACGUCGAGCACCCCGCCGGGAAGAUUCUGGUCGAUUUGGCUCAACAGCAAGACAAAGAGGUGGGAGACGGCACUACAUCCGUUGUCCUGCUUGCUGCCGAACUCCUUCGACGGGCGAACGAUCUCAUGAAGAACCGCAUACAUCCUACGGUCAUCAUCACCGGGUACCGGCUGGCUCUGCGAGAAGCAGUCAAAUACAUGCAGGAAAAUAUCAGCACAAAAGUGGAAACCCUUGGAAGAGAAAGCCUGGUUAAUAUUGCCAAAACGUCAAUGUCAAGCAAGAUAAUUGGCGCAGAUGCGGACUUUUUCGGCAAUAUGGUGGUCGAUGCCAUGUUGGCAGUCAAGUCGGUCAAUGCACAAAAGAACGAAGUCAAGUAUCCGGUCAAAGCAGUCAACAUCCUCAAAGCACACGGCAAGAGCGCGACAGAAUCCAUACUCGUCAAGGGCUAUGCGUUGAAUUGUACUGUCGCAUCCCAAGCCAUGAAGACGAGAAUCACAGAUGCAAAGAUUGCUUGCCUCGACAUGAAUCUACAAAAGGAACGAAUGAAGCUUGGCGUACAGAUCACAGUCGAAGACCCCCAGCAACUGGAAAAGAUCCGCGAGCGAGAAGCUGGCAUUGUCCUCGAACGAGUGGAAAUGAUCCUGAAGGCAGGAGCAAAUGUGGUACUGACCACGAAAGGAAUCGAUGAUCUGGUCCUCAAGCUGUUCGUGGAACGUGGCUGCAUGGCUGUGCGGCGAUGUAAGAAAGAAGACUUGAGGCGGAUAGCGAAGGCGACGGGUGCAACUCUCGUCAGCACGCUAUCUGAUUUGAAUGGAGACGAGAAAUACGAGAAAGAACUUCUGGGCUACGCCGAGGAGGUGGUUCAAGAACGCAUCUCGGACGAUGAAUGCAUUCUUGUGAAAGGAACAAAGGCUUUUUCGUCGGCAUCGAUUAUUCUUCGAGGAUCAAACGAUUAUCAACUUGACGAAAUGGAACGAUCUGUGCACGAUUCACUCUCCGCGGUCAAACGGACCCUAGAAUCCGGCAGCAUUGUCCCUGGAGGUGGCGCCGUGGAGACGGCAUUACACAUUUACCUGGAAGAAUUCGCCAUGACCGUUUCCUCUCGGGAACAGCUAGCAAUUGGAGAAUUUUCGCAAUCCCUUUUGAUCGUCCCGAAAACUCUAGCCGUCAACGCAGCAAAGGAUGCCUCAGAACUUGUCGCUCAGCUACGUGUGCGCCACGCAUUAAGCCAGAGAGUCCAAGACGGAGAUGCCAACGAGAGAGAAAAGGACAUUGCCAAAAAGCGACAAUACAAGAAUUACGGUUUGGACCUGAUGCGUGGUAAGGUUGUGGAUGUCGUCAAGAUGGGUGUCUUGGAGCCCAGCAUGAGCAAGGUGAAGCAGCUCAAGAGUGCCGUGGAGGCUUGCAUCGCCAUUAUGAGGAUUGAUACAUUGAUCAAACUCGACGCCCCAGAGCCACACGGGGAAGACGAUGGCCAUGGGCAUUGAAAAGGGUAGGGGCUGAGGUACAGAGGUACAUGACAUGGCGCCAUGAAAAGCGAGGACCUGGAUCGGCAUUGACUACAAGUCAAAACGCAUAUACGCCCCAGAGCGAGCACAUCCCCACCGUCGCGUUGGUGGACAAGGAUGGAAAAACACUUCCCCAACCAUACAGAGCAGAGCACAAUGUUGCAGCCGUUCGGGCGGGAACAUGGUCCGUUGAGAUAUUUGGAGUCCGCAAGGCGAGCCGUGACGACAGGAAAUGCUCUCAGAUCUUGCGCGAAGGUGUCGAAGAGUGAAGAGUGCAAGCCAUGAUUGAUGUAGUUAUGACGAGGAGAAGAGAACUGGAGGCAGCAACCAGCCAAAUGAGAAAAAAUUGCACGAGGAUAGCGCAAGUCAGCGCUGACUCUAGUGUCUUCCACACGAAAUUACUCCAUAGAUAGGAAAGAAAACAAUGCACUCAUCCUGCGUCAGAGCUUCAUUCUUUGGGUGAUAAUGAUUACUUCCAUCUUCU